AUGUCAUCGACGUUGGUCGACAACGCUGCGAUAGAGCUUUUGAUCACCUCGUCGAUCUUCAUGUUCCUGAGCUCGUGGAACCCGAUAUUUUUCAUGAGAUACUGCAGCAUAUCUGUCGCCUUGAAGAUCGCAUGGUCCUUCUUGACGGCUGCCAGUUGCCACGGUUCUAAUUCCUGUGGCUGCGAUGUCGGCGGAGCCUCGGAGUGCAUGCAUAUUUUGAUAUUCGUCAUGAAGGUGUCAAAAUGCUUCAGCGCCGUGGCUAGUUUCGCCAUGGCUGCGAAGUCUAUCGCCGGCCCUUCCGGCUUCGCCACCGGAUCCUGGGCUUCGCCGGCCUUUUUGUGCGCCGAGGCGAAUCUCCUCAGUGCCAUGAGGUACCUCGCGACAUCCACCUGUCUCACCGUAAAAGUAGCCGCCUCUUCAGCUACGCUCUCUACGUUAUGUGCUUCGUCUAUGAUGAGGACAGAGUUUGCCAGCUUUAUCUCCAUGGCAUCGCGGGAGAGUGGCGACAGCAGGUAG